GUCUGUGGAGAUGAGGAAGAUGGAGACCAGUGCCAGCAGUACCCUCCCAGUGCCUGGCUCCGGUCUGGAGACCCAGGCCCGAGCUGCCUCCAUGCCUCGACUCAACGCUGAGCUGCAGCGGAGCCACUCACGCCAUUCUCCAGGGAUCCAACUGGCUUCUGUCCCUGAUGCCAGUCCUUUGAAGCGCUCCGCCUCCAUUGUGGCCCCACGGCGGCCCCAGGAGGUCAACCUGAGGGACUACACCCUAGAAAAACCCAGCCAGGACCGGGUCCACCACCACCACCGCUGCCACCACCGCAGAGACAGGGACAGAGACAAAGACAGAGAGAGGAGACAGAGGUCUCUGGAUGUCCCUCUGGGGGGACAGCCCCCUGGCUCUGCUGGUAAACACACACGGUAG